GUUUCUUUCCAGACUCUACAUGAUCGUGCAACCAGGCGCCACCAAUCAAUUCAAAGUGCUGCCAGGAAGCGCCAACUGUUAAGCCCGUCACAGGAAGCCGCACUGCUGGAUUGGUGCCACCUCAACUCAAGUUUUACCACUCCUCUCCAUGCUCAUGCUUUCCGGACUCGUGUGUUUGAGAUAUGCCAUAGACGCCCUGGCCACAAUUGGGUGCGCCAUUUCAUAUGCCGUCAUCCUUGUCUCGUCAUGGCAAAACCACGAGGACUCGAUCCGAAACGAGCACAGAAUUUCAACAGGAAAACUGUUGGGGAUUAUUUUAAUAUGCGCAAGGAAGUAGACGACAGGUGCAAUAAGAUCCCUCCAGAGCACAACUGGAACAUGGAUGAGAAAGGCAAUCAAAUGGGAGGAGGUCGCAAGGGUGAUGGCACCAAGUAUAUUUUCUGGAUUGAAGAUAAAGAGCGAUAUUGCAUGUAUAGUGAUAACCUAGAACUGGUCACAAUUCUUGAAUGUGUUAAUGCUGCAGGC